AUGGGCGGGGACGAGGCGGAGAAGCAGCAGAAUUCGGACAAGGAGCAUGGGGGGAUCGGGAUGGGGAUGGUUUUGGAACGCAGAGAGGAGCGACGGGAGAAAAUCGCGCGGGAGUUUGUGCCUUUAGACCGUCUUGAUCACGAGGACGGGGGGCUGCGAGGGUUCGCGAAUGGUCUCUCGCGGAAAGAGACGGGAGGGGGAGGUGGAGGGGUGGCGGAUAGCAGGGCUAGUGAGAGCAGCGGCAGUGGUGGCGGUAGCAGCGGUGGCAACAACAACGGUGGUGCUGCUGUAGCAGGUGCAACAGGGGAAGGCGAGGGGGGGGUUGAUAAAACUGACGGAACAGGCUCGGGGGAUGGAAGGGGGGAGCAGCUAGGGAGCAACGGGAAGGGCAAGAAAGAGGCAGUGCAGACCCAGUUAGACGGAGACGAUAUUCCUCUGCUUAUGCCUUUAAAGGGGUUGUUUAAAAGCAAGGAUCUCGACGAGGAGAUUAAAGAGGAGGAGGAGGAGGAGAGGAAGAAGGGCGAGAGGGGGGCGGAGAGGAAGCGGCAGGUGGCGAGGCGGGAGUUUCGGAGCGAUGAUUGGAGUCACUUGGGGGAAACGCGGCCAGGGUUGUCGUCUAGUGAGAGCGGUGCUGGUGGUGGUGGUGGAGCGAACACAACUGGUGUUGCUGGGACUGCUGCUGGUGAUGGUGUUACCAGGGAUAGUACCGAAACCAGUCAUAGCGCGUCAGCUGCUUCUAAUGGAGCUUCACAGGCAACCGCAGGUACCACAGCCAGCAGUAGUGCCACAAAAGAGGGCGAGCAUGGGACUCAUAUGCCAAGUGUGACUAAAACGAACGAGACGAGUGGUGAGAAGGGUGGCGACGUGGGUCAGCUGGUGGGUCGAAUCCUCGACAGGCUGGAUGAUAUGGAAGACGAGGGGGGUAAGUUCAACAAAACCCUCGAAAAACAAGAGGCAGUUCUGGAAACAGUCGCCCGGGUGGGUAAACACCACGUCCUAGAAGAGGUGAAGGAGAGGGAGCAGCGGGAGGAGCAGGAGGACCGACAGGUGUUAGAGGAAGCAGAAAGGGAGGAAGCCCAGGAGAAGAUGAAGCAGCUAGAGCAGGUAGCUCUAGCCAUGGCUGCUGCUGAAGCGGAAAAGAAGGCGAAAAAGAAAGGGGUGGCAGCGGUGGCGGCGGUGGUGAGUCAGGGCGUGAAAGCGAGCGAAGUGUCACUUUUUGACCUGGUGUUUGGGCGGGAUAGCAGCGGGAAACAACCUCCCCCAGUCUCGCCCUCCCCCAGCCUCCGAACGAAGAACCUCACCAGGCUAGCCGCAGCUAAGAAGCGGUUUGCAGAGAGGGCAGGGCGGGGGGCGAGGGAGAAGGAGAGAUCGGAGAGGGUUGAUGAAGGGGAGAACGAUGUUCCCAGGCUUAUAGACUCGCAGGACAAUGAGUACGUUAUAAGCAGUCCCGGUAAGGGGUCGAAGAUGCAGCUACAGGAGGACUUUAUGCUUAUAUCGGAUGUGGUGAAGGUGAUUGUGGCGGCGGCUCUGGGGGGGCUUGCGUGUGGGCUUGUGGGACAGCCGAUCAUUCUGGGAUACAUCGUUGCAGGGAUGAUUAUCGGGCCUGGAGGGUUCGGUCUUAUCCACGAGCUCGUACAGGUGGAAACGUUAGCCCAAUUCGGAGUGGUCUUCCUGCUCUUUGCCAUCGGGGUCGAGUUCAGCCUGGCCCGCAUGCAGGGCGUGCACGCGGUGGCGCUAGCGGGCGGCAUAAUUCAGAUCGGCCUGUCCAUGGUGCUGGGUGGCAUCGCCAGCUCCAACACGCCCCAGGGGCUGUUCAUAGGAGGCUUUCUCUCCAUGUCGUCUACUGCCGUGGUGCUGAAAUGCCUGAUGGAUAUCAACAGCAUGGGGACAGAACACGGGCAGAUCAUGCUCGGAACCCUCAUCAGUCAAGACUGUGCCCUCGGCCUCCUCCUCGCAAUAAUGCCGGCGCUCGCCGCCCGCCCCGCCUCAGCCUCCGCCAUCCUGCUCGCCCUGCUGCGAGAGCUCCUGAUCCUCCUCGCCUUCGCCCUCAUUGCCUGGCUGCUCGCGCGCUUCUUUGUGCCCCGCUUCCUCCCGCUGCUGCUGCGCCUGGCGCGCGGGUCGUUCAACAGCGAAAUCUAUCACUUAGGCGUCGGUGGCGGUGCAACAGCUACAGCGAGCGCACUUUACACCAAGUGGAGCCCAUCCGUAACCUCUUUGCAGCGCUCUUCCUGGCGAGCAGAUGCAGUGCAAGCCAUGUCCCUCUCAUCCCUCCACCCCAACUCCCCACCUCCAGGCAACAGCUACAGCGAGCGAACGCUACACCAAGUGGAGCCCAUCCGCAACCUCUUUGCAGCGCUGUUCCUGGCGAGCAUAGGCAUGGUCAUGCACCCGCUCUUCCUCUGGCAGCACAUCGACAUCCUCCUCAUUGCUGUGGCGGUCGUGUUUGUCUCCAAGGCCUGCCUUGUGGGCUUCGUGGUGAGUGGUGGUGAUUGGGGAGUGCUGCUGAGGGGUGGCGAGCGGUGA